GGAGGAACGUUUUUCUUUUGGAGGCCGUCUCUGUAGCGGGGGACCGGACCGGAAGUGACGCGGACGAGUUCCGGUUGGCCGGAGCCCAGCGGCGGGUGUGAGAGUCGGUCAGGAGCCGCUUCCAGGAUCCGGAGAAGCCGGGGUCGGGGCGGCUCCUCAAGACUGAUCUAUGAAAUGGCAGAGAAUGGAAAAAAUUGUGACCAGAGACGUGUAGCAAUGAACAAAGAACAACAUAAUGGAAAUUUCACAGACCCCUCUUCAGUGAAUGAAAAGAAGAGGAGGGAUCGGGAAGAAAGGCAAAAUAUUGUCCUUUGGAGACAGCCACUUAUUACCUUGCAGUAUUUUUCUCUGGAAAUCCUUGUAAUCUUGAAGGAGUGGACCUCAAAAUUAUGGCAUCGUCAAAGCAUUGUGGUGUCUUUUUUACUGCUGCUUGCUGUACUUAUAGCUACGUAUUAUGUUGAAGGAGCACAUCAACAGUAUGUGCAACGUAUAGAGAAACAGUUUCUCUUGUAUGCCUACUGGAUAGGCUUGGGGAUUUUGUCUUCUGUUGGGCUUGGAACAGGGCUGCACACCUUUCUGCUUUAUCUGGGUCCACAUAUAGCUUCAGUUACGUUAGCUGCUUAUGAAUGCAACUCAGUUAAUUUCCCUGAGCCACCCUAUCCUGAUCAAAUUAUUUGUCCAGAUGAAGAGAACAUUGAAGGAACCAUUUCUUUGUGGAGUAUCAUCUCAAAAGUUAGGAUUGAGGCCUGCAUGUGGGGUAUCGGCACAGCUAUCGGAGAGUUGCCUCCAUAUUUCAUGGCGAGGGCAGCUCGCCUUUCAGGUUCUGAACCAGAUGAUGAAGAGUAUCAGGAAUUUGAAGAGAUGCUGGAACAUGCAGAGACUGCACAAGACUUUGCCUCUCGGGCUAAACUCGCAGUUCAAAACCUAGUACAGAAAGUUGGAUUUUUUGGAAUUUUGGCCUGUGCUUCAAUUCCAAAUCCUUUAUUUGAUCUGGCUGGAAUAACAUGUGGACAUUUUCUUGUACCUUUUUGGACCUUCUUUGGUGCAACCCUGAUUGGGAAAGCAAUAAUUAAAAUGCAUAUCCAGAAAAUUUUUGUUAUAGUAACAUUCAGCAAGCACAUAGUGGAACAGAUGGUGGCUUUCAUUGGUGCUGUCCCCGGCAUAGGUCCGUCUCUGCAGAAGCCAUUCCAGGACUACCUGGAGGCGCAGCGGCAGAAGCUUCACCACAGAAGUGAACUGGGCACAGCACAGGGAGAAAACUGGUUGUCCUGGAUGUUUGAGAAGUUGGUCGUUGUGAUGGUGUGUUACUUCAUCCUGUCUAUCAUUAAUUCCAUGGCACAAAGUUAUGCCAAACGAAUUCAGCAACGGUUGAACUCAGAGGAGAAAACUAAAUAAGCAGAGAAAGGUUCUUAACUGCAGAAAUCAGAAUGGAUGGGUUCUGCCUUAAAGUGGGAAGGAUCCUAGCCAGGAAGGAAAAUUCCCUUUUCCAACCUGUAUCAGUUUAAAAACUUAAUUCCUGAAAGCAGUUUAGCCCAUAUUUUGCACUGGCAUACUUGUCCUUUGUUUGUUAAGGUAAGAUAUCCACCCUCAGUUCAGUCCAUGUUGUGUUUUAUCCGGGUGGAAUGUGAUGUUCAGCCACUAACUUAACAGAAACUGGCCUGCUGUUCCUUACCUUCAAAAGGCCCAAGUGGGACAAUUAGAGAAUUCCCACCACAUACAAAAAAGUUCCUAAGUCUGUUAAAUAUGUCAAGCUUUUUAGGCUUGUCACAAAUGAUUGCUUUGUUUUUCUAAGUCAUCAAAAUGUAUAUAAAUUGUCUAGAUUGGAUAACAGUCUUGCAUGUCUAUCAUGGUACAAUUUAAUAUGCCAUCCUGCCCAACCCUUCCUCUCCCACCCUCAAAAUAGGGCCAUUUUAUGAUGCAUUGCACACCCUCUGGGGAAACUGAUCUUUAAAUUUUGAGACAGUAUAAGGAAAAUCUGGUUGGUGUCUCAAGAAUGAACUGACACCAUUUUUUAUUCUGUAUAUUUAGAAUGAAGUCAUGAAAACACUUUAUAAAGACAUCUUUGAUCAUUCCAGAAUUGUGUCCGUUUUCUUGAGAGCAUUUUAAUUUUUUUUUUUUUUUUUUAGCUAAUACCCAAGUGUGUGGCAGCUUACCAAAUCCACCUACAACCAGCAUUUCUUAAGCCUUCAUUUGUUUGCUUGAAAGAGCCACCACCAAGGCCUCUUUGUCUUACUGGAACUGGGCAGCUCCCUUUGAUAAAUGGCACCUUUAGGGCUGGCUUAGCCUGGGGAUUGCUUGGUUUGUGAAAAUAGGAGAGGAGGGGUGAUAGCAAAGGACCUGGGAGAGAGAAAAUCCUUUUUUUUUUUUUUAAUUUAUUUAUCAGUGGGGUGGCACUUUGUCACUCAUGUUAAUUUUAGCUAGCAUGUACUCUGGUUUAACAGAAAUUCACUCUUUUACAUGACCCAAUUUACUUUUCUCUUAAGUGUUUUACAUGGGGCUCUUUUUCCCCUUUGGGAUGUUUCUAAUCGAAUUUAUUCAGUUUGCUUUGGGAGGAAAAUAAACAGUUUCACCUCUUUCUUUUAGGAAAAUUGAUAUUGACAUUGUGUCAAAAUAGGAUAGAAUUGGUGUUAAAUCUCAACAGGCCACAAAUGCUUGAUUUAUUUUACCAAAUCCUGCCUGAAUGUCUGCUUGUUUUGCUACCGUCGUGACAUCUCCAUGGCUGUACCACUUUGUCGGAUAGCUUAUCAGACUGAUGUUGACUGUUGAAUCUCAUGGCAACAGCAGUCGAUGGGCUGUCUGACAUUUUGGUAUCUUUCAUCUGACCAUCCAUAUCCAAUGUUCUCAUUCAAACAUUACCCAGCUUCAUGGUUUACGAACAAAACCUCUGGUCCUUAUGUCUAAUGGCAGUUUGAGUUCUUUAUGCCAUGGUAUUGUAGCAGUAUCAAGAGAAGAUUAUAUGGAAAAUUUGGAUAGUCUCCAUGAUCACAACCAAAUAAAGGACAAGUGACCUGCCUUGUUGGUUUUUCAAAAGGUUAUUAACUUCCCUAACAAUGUUUGUUUUUUUUCUCCAGGGACUUUCUAGCAGUAUGACUGUUACUUUUCCAUACUUGAGUAGUACCCAUUUGCUCUAUUUUAAAUAGAUUCACAUUAACCAA